AUGGAGCUCCUCAUGCCUCCCAACAAUGUGACUGAAUUUGUUCUCUUGGGACUCGCACAGAAUCCACACGUGCAGAAAAUACUUUUUGUUGUCUUUUUGUUCAUUUUCCUUUUUACUGUGCUGGCCAAUCUGCUCAUUGUCAUUACCAUCUCCCUCAGCCCCACACUUUCGGCUCCCAUGUACUUCUUUCUCACUCACUUGUCCUUCUUAGAUGCCAUCUUCACUUGUGUCACCACCCCUAAGUUGAUCAUUGACCUGCUGUACCAGAGGAGUACCAUCUCCUGGGGUGGCUGCCUGACUCAGCUUUUUAUGGAGCACUUCCUGGGAGGAUCAGAGGUCAUUGUCCUCACUGUCAUGGCCUAUGACCGCUAUGUGGCCAUCUGCAAGCCUCUGCACUACACGACCAUCAUGCAACAGGGGAUCUGCCAGCUCCUGGUGGUGGUGGCCUGGAUCGGGGGGAUCCUUCAUGCCACUGUGCAGAUUCUUUUCACUGUGGACUUGACCUUCUGUGGUCCCAAUGUCAUUGACCACUUCAGAUGUGAUUUCUUCUCUCUGUUGAAUCUUUCCUGCAGCAACACCUACAGGCUUGGAAUCGUGGUGGCAACUAAUAGUGGGGGCAUAUGUUUGCUAAUUUUUUUCCUUUUGCUCAUCUCCUACACAGUCAUCCUGAGCUCCCUGAAAUCCCAUGGCUCUGAAGGGCAACGCAAAGCCCUCUCUACAUGUGGCUCCCACUUUACAGCAGUGGUGCUCUUUUUUGGUCCUUGUAUUUUCACUUACACACGUCCUGUGGUCACUUACCCUGCAGAUAAGUUGGUGACUGUGUUCUUUGCAAUCCUCACUCCCAUGUUUAAUCCUAUCAUUUACACAGUGAAAAACAGUGAAGUGAAAAAUGCCAUGAGGAGUUUGUUGAAGAGGAGAGUAACUGAGGCUGUUCGUGGUGCCAAGACAGUGAUGAUUUAUAUACAUAGGGAGGAUUAUACCUGUUUUAAAUUGUGA